AUGGAGAAUAUUUCUAACGAUGGGGCCCGCAACCUGAAGUGCCGAAGCGCUUCAUUUGCAUAUUCCACAGUAGAAUACAACAUUGGGGAGAUUGUAGACUUUCCGGUGGCUGCCACCGGCAAUGGUGGCGGUGAGUGGCCGGGUUUCAAGAAAGGCGAGUCUUUUAAUUCGGGAGUUUCAAAGAGCUGGUGCUUUAGUGAUCCUGAGUUGAUGAGGAAGAAAAGGAUAGCUAGCUACAGAGUGUACACGGUCGAAGGCAAAGUGAAGGGGUCCAUCAAGAAGAGCUUCAGGUGGAUUAAAGAGAGGUAUGCAAAGAUUAUGCAUGGGGAAUAG